CAGCAACCCUGCCAUUUCCAUCCAUCUCAAUGCAUGGCGGGACGGAUUUGCGCCCGGGACAUCUCGAUGGCGCUGUAAGGACGGUUGGAAGGACUGCUCUCCAUAUAUAGCAACGAGCAACGUGCCAUGCACCGAUAGGGGCAGCAACAAAAAUGCUCUCUCGUAGCUGCUGAGAGAGCACCAAUGUGGGCCCUCAAGCCGCCGCGCCGCCCCGCGAAGAAGAAAAUAAACCAAGAGACGCCGGAGCGCACGCCGCCCGAGCCCGACGCCGCGCCGGAGCAGGCGCUGCCGCCGCACAGCGCCUGGGCCUGGUCCGAGACGACGGACGUCGUCGACUCUCUAUUAUCUCUCGGCGGCGCGUACACGGAGGCGCGCCGCGCGGGGCGCCUCCUCGCGUACUACGCGCAGGACAUUGGCCGCGAGGCGGCGCGCUGGCGCGGCGCGCGCGAGGCCUUCGAGCGCGAGGCCGGGCAAGUCGAGGCGGCGUCGGCGCAGCAGCAGGCGCAGCUACGGCGCUGGGGCCUGCGGAGAUUAAGGAGGCCCUUCGCGGAGCUAGCCGCUGCACGGGCGGCGCGCGCGCGGGCCCAGGCGGCCGCGGCGUCGGCGGCCGAGAACGCGCUGCUCGCGCGCGGCGCCGAGGCCGCGGCGUUGCUCGAGGGCGAUUGUUGUCAAGCGGUGCUCGAGGCCGGCUUCUGCCAGCUGGCGCCGCGCGACGUGCUCGCUAAAUCGGCGACGCUCAAAGCGCGGCGGUCGGGCCUGCGCGCCCGCGACGAGGCCGUCGAGCGCGCGGCCGCGGCCGCGCGGGCCCUCCGGAGCCGCGUCGCCGCGCGGACGCCGCAGGCAAGGGUCCAGGCUUUACGUAGAGCCGCGGCGGCCGCGGCCGAGGCCGACGCGGUGUUGCGCGACCCCAGGGCCGAUACGAGUUCGAGACGGAACGCGGCGGCGGCGCGCACGGCCGCCGAGGCCGACGCCGACGAAAUACUGGAAGACGAGCGCCACCGCGAGGGCCGGCUAUUAGCCAAGUGGCGCGCGCGCGUGAAGGAACAGGACGUGGCGCCGCGCGCGGUCCUGGCCUUCGCGAAUCGAUUCGCGGAGGACGUCUGCGACGCCUUCUCCGGGAAGGAGCACCGCUCUUCAUUAGCGUCGCUCGCCGCGCGGCUGUGCACGCGCGGCGGCCGCGACUUCCUCAUCCCCCAGAGGCGGCGGCGCGCGCUCGCGGCUUCCGAUAGGCGCUUCCUCGCGUGCCAGCGGCGCUUUUGUCAACGUUUGCGAAACCUAGGACCGGACGAGGUCGCGCGGCUCGUCGGCGCGACGCCGCCGGCCUCGUACGACGCGCACCCCAUUCAACCAUUGCGCGUGCUGGACGACCUGGGCCAGCCGCCGGCGCGCCUCGUCGAGGCCGUCUUCGAGGCCUUUGCGCGUAUUACGCGGUCAUCGACUGUGAUGGGCGCCGAGGACGUGUUGGGGCUCGCGGUGCACGCGCUGGCGACGGGCGACGACGGCCCCAUGCGACCAAGCACGGGCUUGUACGUGGCAAGAGUCUACGGUGUCCGCGACCCGGCGCUCUGCGACAGCGGCCGAGACGCGGAAGCCAAGUACCUCCUGACGACGCUCGAGGCCGCCGUCGCGGCCGUCGCGGCGCUCGGGGCUAGCGAAGAAGCGACGUCCACGACGGAGCCGGAGACGGAGCAUGACGACGACGACGCGAUAUCCACGGAAGUCGACUUCGCCGCGCUCGCGGCCGAGGCCGACGCCGACGCCUAUGAAGGCGACGACGUGUCCCUACGGGAACUAGGAAAGUGGCUCUCCACCGAAAGUGCCAGAGAGGACACGGUCGACUUGUUACGCGACGAGGGGUGGGUCCGAUAG